AUGGGGGCACACAGAAAACCCCAGAAAAGUUUGAUGGAGCUAAUGGAAGGUCAACAGGGAAAGGCUGCACCUGCCCAGACAAUACCAUCCCUGGUUUCAUCUCUUCCAGCCAGGUCUCAUCCUACAGUUCCUCGACACCCUCCCCAAUCACCUCCGCAACCAGUGCCAAUUAAUGCUGCCGAGCAAGAAAAGCACAAAGAACGGAAGAGUAAGGAGGCGGCAGAUGCAAGUAGAUCUCGCCCCACUCAAGAGGAGGGUGCCCAACGAGCUGUAAAGCAGCAGAAAACUAGGCACCCCGCUACACGGGGUCAAGAGAAACCUGAUUCCCCACAUCCCGACUCACCGGCGUGGCUGCCAGCUCCUAUGCUCGAACAAGCCGAGCAGAAGGGCUACGAACUUGGAAUAGCUGAAACUGAGAAAGCCCUAAGAGCCGAAGUUCCAGAAGUGUGCCGCAUCUUCUGCGCGAGAACCUGGAAUGAGGCUCUUAACCGCGCUGGGGUUGAAGCCUCAUCUGAACUACGCAAGCCAGACAACGUGUAUUAUCCCGAAGCGAUACGCUCCUCGGCUCCUCAGUCAUACCAGGCUGAUACCCCUUCCCCAGCUAUUAAUCCCCCUAACGAGGAGGUUCCGUCUCGCAAUUCUCCCAAUAAACCCAUUACUGCUUCCAAAUCAGAGACAACCUCACACGAUUUUCAACAAGAAUUGGACUCCACCGUCCAAUCAACUGGGGGCAUUACCAAUUAG